AUGUUUGAAGGGAGAGAUCCAUCGAAUGAAAACGUGUGUGAGGCAAAUAGAGCCUUUAUUCUUGAGUCUGGACCGGUGAGACCCGCCAUAGACUUUCCACCAUCGCCAAUAGGGGGAAGAAACUUUAAGUUUCAGAAGAAAUGGUACGAAGAAUAUUCUUGGCUAGAAUAUUCGGUCGCUAAAGACGCCGCGUUUUGUUUUUCUUGUAGAUGUUUUGGCCAACUUGUCGGCAGUUCGGAUGAUGCGUUCACAAAGACUGGCUUCAGAAAUUGGAAGAAUGCUACCGGAGAAAAGGGAAAGCUAAGCAAACAUGCUAACUCGCGGAUGCAUACGCUUUCAACAGAGCGCAUUCAUUCAUUCAAAUCAGCAACGCCAAUCGACGUGCAAUUGAACAGGGAAGCGGAAGCAGUAAGAGAAAGAAAGGAGCAGGAGAGAAAAGAAAACCGAGAAAUCGUUGAAACGAUUUUCGACGUUGUUCGACAUUUGGCUAAACAGAAUAUGUCCUUCCGUGGUCAUGACGAGUCGUAUGAUUCAAAAAACAAAGGCAAUUUCCUUGAAGAGCUUCAAUUUCUUUCCAAGUACCACGCCCCCUUGAGGAAAUGGAUGGAUACGCAUCCCGAGAAUGUCUCGUAUUUUUCCCAUGUGAGUCAAAAUGAGAUGAUCAGUAUUCUUAGCAACCUCAUUACUGAAGUCGUCUGUAAUGAAGUCCGAUCGGCAAAAUAUUUCUCCAUCCAGUGUGAUGAGGUUACCUCUCACAAAAAGGCCUUCAUGUCCGUUAUAUUGCGAUAUGUAACGGAUUUUAAGAUAACUGAGAGGUGUAUCAGGCUUGUGAGGGUGUCCAGCUUAAAGGGGCGUUCUUUAGCUGAGGUGAUCGUAGACAUUAUGAAAGACCUCAGACUUUCAUUAAUAGAUCUCAUUGGUAAAGGCUUUGACGGUGCUGCAAAUAUGUCCGGCAAGGACGAGGGAGUGCAACGGCAUUUGACGGAAGCUGGAGCUGAUUUUCAAUCUAUUUUCAUUGCUUUGCCCAUAAGCUUAAUCUUGUUCUUGAACAAAGUGUGGAAACGAUUCCUUUAG